AUGGUUCCAAAAUUAUUUUAUUUCCUGAUGUUUUUCACUCUCUUCACUGUUACUUUUGCUUCCGUUGAGGAAGCAACUGCUCUCCUCAAAUGGAAAGCUACUGUCCUAAGCCAAAAUAAUUCCUUACUGGCUUCAUGGACACUAAGUACUGAUGCAUGCAGGGGUUGGUAUGGAGUUAUAUGUUUUAAUGGUCGGGUAAACAAGAUCAAUAUUACAAAUGCUGGUGUUGUUGGUACACUCCAUGAUUUUCCAUUUUCAUCUCUCUUGUUUCUUGAAUAUGUUGUCUAUCUUGACUUGUCGACCAACCAGAUUACUGGUUCAAUUCCAAGUACUCUGGGUGACUUAACUAAGCUCAAUAUUUUGUACCUUUAUGAAAACCAACUUUCUGGUCCCCUUCCUGCAGAAAUAGGAAAGAUGAAGUCACUCGAGUAUUUAUCCUUAUGGAGUAAUAAUCUUUCUGGUCCAAUUCCAAUAACUCUUGGUGACUUAACUGAGCUUAAUGUUUUGUACCUUUAUUCAAACCAACUUUCUGGUCCCAUUCUUGCAGAAAUAGGAAAGAUGAAGUCACUCGAGUAUUUAUCCUUAUGGAGUAAUAAUCUUUCUGGUCCAAUUCCAAUAACUCUUGGUGACUUAACUGAGCUUAAUGUUUUGUACCUUUAUUCAAACCAACUUUCUGGUCCCAUUCCUGCAGAAAUAGGAAAGAUGAAGUCACUUGAGUAUUUAUCCUUAUGGAGUAAUAAUCUUUCCGGUCCAAUUCCUAGUGAGUUGGGAAAUUUGAAAAACCUCACUAGAUUGGAUUUAUCCUAUAAUCAGCUUACUGGUCUUGUUCCUGUUUCCUUUGGCAAUUUGAGAAACUUGCAGACACUAAAUCUCGCUGCGAACGAACUUUCGGGUUCUAUUCCAAAAGAAUUUGCAUAUUUGGAUAGCUUGGUUUUGUUUUCAAUGAGUUUCAAUCACUUUUCAGGCUUGACAGAGUGGCUUUGCAAAGAUGGGAAACUUGAGAUUUUCGUUGUGAAUGGUGGGAAACUUGAGAUUUUCACGGUGAAUAGUAACAAGCUUACAGGGCCAAUCCCAAGAAGCUUGAGCAAGUGCUCGAGUUUCAAAAGGGUUCGCUUCAAUAACAACAACUUUACUGGGAAUUUAUCUGAAGCUUUUGGCAUCCAUCCAGAGCUUCGGUUCAUUGAUUUGAGCGACAAUGAUUUUCAUGGUGAACUCAGCAGUAACUGGGGAAAAUGCAAAAAUUUAAUUGAUUCCAAAGGAAUUUGGAAAAUUAACUUCUCUGGUUAA